GCCGCGCGGGACGCUUGACGCUCAACGGCCGUAUCGAACGAACCAAUCACGUCGCGCGUCACCGAACACAGAGCGCUCGUGCUCCCCCCGGAAGUGCGCGAGAGAGGGAAGACCGCUCGUGAAGAACAAUGGGAGUAGAAGUUGAGACCUUACGACCUGGAGACGGAAAGACGUUUCCGAAGAAAGGCUCCACUGUUACCGUGCACUACACUGGCACGCUGACCAAUGGAAAACAGUUCGACUCCUCCAGGGACCGGGGGCCCUUCAAAUUCAAAAUCGGAGCCGGUCAAGUAAUUCGUGGUUGGGACGAGGGUGUUGCUAAGAUGAGCGUCGGUCAGGUGGCCAGGUUGACCUGCUCACCGGACUUUGCGUACGGCAGUGAAGGACACCCACCGAUCAUCCCCAAAAACGCCACUCUCAUCUUUGAAGUGGAGCUGCUGCAUUGCUGAGUGUUUUUAGGUUCAGAGUUUCAUUCCACCCACAUCUCUGACACAAAUAACUGCUUAAUUAAAGGUGCUGUCGGUAGCAUUUAUAAACAUGAAUAAAUAGUUGUUGAAAGAAGUCUCAUAUCUUCGUGUAAUUUGAGAUAAACGACAAACAAAUGAAGCCAUUUUAAUGCCAGUGGUAUUGUUGGUGCUAAGAUGACACUCAGAUCCCAAAAAAUAAAUAGUAUGACAUUUAGGGAAACCCUGUAUGCUAAUUGUUUUCAAGGAUAUAUGUGGCCUCCGUUUUUACAUUUGUCUGAUGAAUCUUUAACUUAUUCUACAGCUGUUAGAUAGCACAUCAGAUAUAUAAUGGGAUAAGAGCAACAACAGAAGGAACAUUAGUGCUGUUCUUUCUUUUUUUUUACGUGACACAAUCUAAUUGAAUGACAACCAAAUCUGAACCAGCGGCUCUAAAUCUGCAAACAUCUUUAUUUGUUUAUAAAUGUUUAUUUCAGUGUCUCUAAUGCAGCGUUGUUCUAAUUAUUAAUGACAAAAAAAAAAUGCACAUGAAACACCUUUUUAAUGAAGAGCUUAUUUGUGUUUUCCUUAUCCCUUCAGUAGACGCAUUGAGUUGAAAGUUUUGACGCAAUGUAAGGCAACACUUUAUAUAUUUGGAAACAAUACAAUGGUUUAAUUGGUGAUUUCAUUUCGUUCCUCCACCAGUCCCCUUAUACUAUACUCUUGGGUCUUUUUGUCAUAGUUGAGGCCUCAAGUGUCCUUUGGUUUUUUUGGCAUCGGAAACAUUUGUUAAUGUUUUAUUUCUUCAUUGUGCCAUUCUUUAGAAAUUGUCAUUAAAAAGAAAGUAUACAACA